CAGGGACAUUGGUGGCGGUGCUAACGGGUCCCUCGCUGCCCCCAUCAUGUGGAGUGAUCUCACCAUCCUCUUCCUCCAGUGCUGGCUCUUCUGGCAGGACUGGGUGUCGGGCCAGCUGUAUCCCAAACCCUCCAUCUCUGUGAGCCCUGGGGUGGUGAUGGCUGUGGGGGGAGCCGUGACCAUCCAGUGCAAGUGUCGGUGCCAGGGCAUGAGGGUUGUUCUGUACAAAGGAGGAGACCCCACCUCGCUGCGAUACGUGGACAGUGCUGGGGAUGUGGCUGAGUUUCCCAUCAGCAACGUGACACAGCAGGACAGUGGGAGCUACACCUGCCGUUCUGGCAGCACAUCACAACCCUUUGUCUGGUCGGAUCCCAGCGACUCCAUAGAACUGGUGAUGAGAGGUCGAAACGACCCCACGGGGCUUGAAACAUCACCAGCUCCAUCCAGCCCAGGGACCACAUGGGCAGGUGGAAACAACUCCAGUGGGUCUGAAAUAUCGUUGACUCCAGCCAGCCCGGGGACCACACACACAGGUGGAAAUAACUCCAGUGGGUUUGAAAUAUCGUUGACUCCAGCCAGCCCGGGGACCACACACACAGGUGGAAAUAACUCCAGUGGGUUUGAAACAUCAUCGACUCCAGCCAGCCCAGGGACCACACACACAGGUGGAAAUGACCUCACUGGGCUUGAAACAUCACCAUAUCCAAUCAGCCUAGGGACCACACAGACAGUCCUAACGAGGAGCCUGGAUUUCACCUGGGGCAACAUCCUCCGUCUGGGCCUGGGCGCCUGCGUCCUGCUGGCUCUGGUGCUGAUCAUGGCUGCGGCUAGUUACUGCUGGAAGGAGACUCCAGGGGAGCCUGGAUCCAGCUACGCAGAGGCGAAGAUCUCCUCAGGGGAAGAGCCCUAUCUGCUUGGAGGGCUCCACAGGGCAGAAAACCCAUCCUCCCUUCCCCCAGGAAAUCUCUGCUUCAGGGAAUCUCACAUUUAUUCCAUGGUGCUCCCGAUUCGACGGCCGGACCCCUGGGAGAAAACCCCCGACCCCCGGCUCCGAGCACACCAGCCCCUGUGGCACCAGCUCAAGGAGCACCUGCCAGGGCCCCAGGGGGUGAAGAUCGGGGCAGACAUCAGGAGGAGCAGGACCAGGGUGGAGCGCAGGAUCCAGACCCAGAGCAGAACAGCAGGUGCUGGAACGUGGAAGAGAGCAGGGGUGAACUCUUCUUCCUUUGUCAGGGCUGCUGUCUGCAUCUUCAGCCGUUGGGGUUUGAACUUUAUUUCAUCAGGAUGGGCUGGAUCUGGAGGUUGAUUCCAUCAUCCAUCCAUACCUCAUUCACAAGUCUAAACUGAGCUAAUAAGAUUACAGCAGGGCUUUGCAGAAUGAAGGUUGCAGCAGGCUUUCACAAAAUGGAAUAAGUGUUGUAAAAUGGAGUUUGAAUUACAAUAUGGACAAGUGUAAGGAAUGACAAGCAGUGAGCAGAAAUUACAAUAUUGAAACAGUGCAAGUUUCAAUGAUUUAGGCAGCAAUUGGAUCGAAAGUGAAACUUAGAAGGGGAGCUGGCUGUGGCUCUUAACAAGCAGCUUAAUUGAGCUGAGCAGCA